UUGGAACUCCCAGCUGGUGGCUGUUUCUGCAGCUGACGGCUCCUCUCCGCUCAUUCACGGCCCCGGAGCGGAGCGGAGAGAGGCGGAGAGCGUCUCUCAGUCAUGGAGCAGCACUGAGAGAACAUUAACACACAGAGGAACAGUCUCGCUCCGCGGCCUGAAACUACGACCUGCUAACACAACAAACAUGUUUAGACACAUAAGACUCUAACUCCACCGCUCGCCGGUAAAAGCGCGGCUGUUCGGUGACUCCCCCAUCCAGCCUGUGGAUUCCCCCCCAGCCGCCGGUUCUCCCUCAGCGGAGCCGCCUGAGGCGCAUCUCCAUCAGCAAGGAUGUCCACGGAGGAGCCGCUGCUGGCCGAGGCCGGAGCCGAGUGGCUUCGGACCGAGCUGGAGCGCACGUCGCGGGAGCUGAGCGAGACGACCCGGGAGAAGAUCCAGGCGGCCGAGUACGGGCUGGCCGUGCUGGAGGAGAAGCAGGCGCUCAAGCAGCAGUACGACGAGCUGGAGGCCGACUACGAGGCCGUGCGCCAGGAGCUCGAGCAGCUCCGAGAGGCUUUCGGGCAGGCUCACUCUAACCACAGGAAGGUGGCGGCGGACGGUGAGAGCCGGGAGGAGUCUCUGAUUCAGGAGUCUGCGUGUAAGGAGGCGUAUUACGAGCAGCGUGUGCAGGAGCUACAGGCUGAGCUACGGCAAACACGCAAUGUCCUCACCAACACGCAGUCUGAGAACGAACGCCUGGCCACCAUCACGCAGGAGCUCAGAGAGAACAGUCAGAUGGUGGAGCUACAGAGGUCCCGACUCCGUGAUGACAUUAAAGAGUAUAAGUUCCGUGAGGCUCGUCUGCUGCAGGACUAUAGCGAGCUGGAGGAGGAAAACAUCACCCUUCAGAAACAUGUGUCUGUGCUCAAACAGAGCCAGGUGGAGUUUGAGGGCCUGAAGCAUGAGAUUCGUCGCCUGGAGGAGGACACGCAGUUCCUGAACAGCCAAUUGGAGGACGCCAUCCGUCUGAAGGAGAUCGCAGAGAGGCAGCUGGGAGAAGCUCUGGAGACCAUCAAGACUGAGAGAGAGCAGAAGGCGGCCUUGAGGAAGGAGUUGUCCCACUACAUGAGCAUCGGGGACUCCAUGUACCACAAUCCUCUGAACAUCUCUCUGGACGGGCUGAAGUUCAGUGACGACGCAGCGACCGAGCCCAACAACGACGACCCCAUCCAUGGCUACGAGAACGGCUUUGACAAGAUCACCAACAGCGACGACAACCGCAUCUCCACACCCAAAAAGAGCGAGCUUUUCCACCCCGCCCCCAGCCUCGUAGACGACCUCCUGAGCGAACUCAACAUCUCAGAAAUCCAAAAGCUCAAACAACAGCUUGUGCAGGUGGAGAGAGAGAAGGUGACGCUGCUGUCCACGCUGCAGGAUUCACAGAAGCAGUUGGAGCAGGCUAAUGGGGCUCUGUCAGAAGAGCACGAGAAGGUCAGCCGCCUCACUGAGAACCUCAACGCCAUGCGCAAGCUCCAGGCCAGCAAGGAGCGCCAGUCAGCCCUGGACAACGAGAAGGAGCGUGACAGCCACGAGGACGGAGACUACUACGAGGUGGACAUCAAUGGCCCUGAGAUCCUGGAGUGCAAGUACAAGGUUGCCGUGUCAGAGGCUGGUCACCUGAAGGAGGAACUGAAGACUUUGAAAGCAGAGUAUUCCACCUGUCAGUCGCAGUAUGAAGAAGACCGCACUCGUCUGGAGAGCCAGGUGGCCUCCCUGCGCUCUCAGCUGAGCACCCUGGAGCACAGCAGCCGGGCAGAACGGGAGCAGCUGGCGCGGCUGGAGAAGGAGCUGCGGCAGGCCAGUGAAGUGGCUGGCGAGUCGCAGGGCAGCCUCAGCGUCGCCCAAGAUGAGCUGGCCACCUUCAGUGAGGAGCUAGCCAACCUCUACCACCAUGUCUGCAUGUGUAACAACGAGACACCCAAUCGCGUCAUGCUAGAUUUCUAUCGCGAGGGCAAAGCCAACCCAACCGGCCGGAGCAGCCCUGAAGGUCGUGGGCGUCGCUCACCUAUCCUGCUCACUCGUGGCCUCUUCCCCACACCUGAAGGAGAGACCCUAUCUCCAUCCUCCUCCUCCCUGCCGUCCCCAGUGGCUGACCCACGCAAGGAGCCAAUGAACAUCUACAACCUGGUGGCCAUCAUCCGUGACCAGAUCCGGCACCUGCAACUGGCUGUUGACCGCACCACCGAGCUGUCCCGUCAACGUGUGGCCUCCAUGGAGCUGGGCCCUGGAGGUGACAGGGACCAGGAGGCCAGCCUGGAGGAGAUCCUCAAGCUCAAGUCCCUCCUCAGCACCAAGAGGGAGCAGAUCGCCACCCUGCGAACCGUCCUCAAGGCCAAUAAGCAGACUGCUGAGGUAGCACUGGCCAAUCUUAAGAGCAAGUAUGAGAACGAGAAGGCCAUGGUGACAGAGACCAUGAUGAAGCUACGCAACGAGCUCAAAGCCCUGAAGGAGGAUGCCGCCACCUUCUCCUCCCUCAGAGCCAUGUUUGCCACGCGCUGCGACGAGUACGUUACUCAGCUGGAUGAGAUGCAGAGGCAGCUGGCGGCGGCCGAGGAUGAGAAGAAGACGCUGAACUCUCUUCUCCGCAUGGCCAUCCAGCAGAAGCUGGCCCUCACGCAGCGCCUGGAGGACCUCGAGUUCGACCACGAGCAGUCCCGCCGCGGUGGAGCCGGCCGCACCAAGUCGUCCCGGGCCAGGUCUGCCCAGAACGCCGCCCAGCAGUCCCAUGUAAGUCCGACCCUCACGGCCACCUGCGGGGGUCGCGGUGAGCCCAACAGCCUUCUGGGAACGCCCGUGGUGUUCUGCAGCGAGAAGUACAAGAUCUACUGCGACUAAAAGCUUCUGCUGUUCGUGUGCGCGUGUCUAAAACGGCACUAAGUCAGUGUACAAAGCCCCACUCACAUGCGCUCUCUCGCUCGCUCUUUUGCUGACCUGUAUGGUGUGUGUGUGUGUGUGUCCUUUAGGGCUGUGUGUGGUUAUGCCUACCAUUGUACUAGUAGCUAUGCGAAUGAAGAUGGCUAAUAUGGUAGCGCUGGCGUAAAGCUGCCAAAACCCUGUUUUUUGUUGUCCCACACAGAGGGCAGUUUGUUUCCUUCUGUACUCAUGGUGCUGUAUCUAAAGUGGCAGCUUCGUAUCCGAAUGUGUGCGCGUUUCCUGACCCGACCGCUAGUCAUGCUAGUCGGAGCUAGCCACGAGGGCGUCGUGUUGUGGUUGUACCGUAAACCUAGCUGCCCUCCGCAACUCAGUAGACUUCCUUCUCCUUUUUUCUCUCUCUUUCUAGCUAAUCCGUCCCUUCUGCCCUCUUUGUCCUUCCCUCUCUCUCCUGCCUCGGAGAACCUGAACCCGGCAACCCAUUGUCCAAUCAGGUGGCUAAUGUUUACAUUGUAAAAUAAACUCAUGAAUAUGCAAAUUCCCCCUUCUCUUCUUACAGUAGGGGGGAAACCACAAGUAUUUUUGAUACGAAUCAAAACGAUACAAAAGUUAAAAAAAAGACGGGUUCGCCAACAAAUUUAGGACGAUUUCAGUCCUGUCUCGCUCGAGUAGAGGUGGGCGGGAGGGGGUGUUUUGUUUUUUUUAUUUCAUUUGUUCUUUCUCGCAGAUUGGCAAGCUCUUUGCCAAGAUUCCGAUCGUAUUUCUUGGCUCUUGCAUGCAAUUGCUAGCGGAUUCUAGGCUGCGAAGAAACACAUCUCCCGUCUUUCUUAAACGUUCCAGCAUCUCUAGUUCCGUCCCCAUAUCGAGCACAUCUGAAACAGGGCUCUACAUGCUAAAAAAGAGGAACGUUUCUCUCCACUGAUCUGUACCCCCAAACAUGGAGAAGGUCCUUUAUAGCCAUAACACUGGAAAAUAAAGAAGGAAAAGGGAAGACAAAUCAACCCUUUCCCCUCAAAUUCAAGUGCACUUCUAGGUAGGGGCCUCAGGUUCCACACUUUGCCGCACAAAAAGGCAGAUUAAAAGAAAAAAAAAAGGACGAAAAGUUUUGAUUGGUGGUGGUCCAACUAAUCCAAAAAAGAGCACAACAUACAAAGCGAAAUGAAAACGAGUAAAAUAACAAGACAUCACCAUAGAAAAGUGCCUGUCUCUUGAUAUCUAUCAGCAACUGUUCAUUUUCUCAGUGUAAAGCCCUGUCCUUUGUGUCUGAAAGCUAGCGCUUUCCCUUUUCCCCCUCCCGACUCCAUUUGCUACUAAAAGUGAGCCGUAAGGUUUAUUAUAUGUGUGCGUCAUUGACUCCAGUCAUGUCUAACGUCUUUCUCUUCUCCUUGCUUCUCCUGCCACCUUUCUCCUUGUAGAUUGUCAGCAGCUUGCUCCCCAUGCCUCAUCACUCUCCCUUUAAAUAACGACAGGUAACGUUCCCACAGCGUUGUCGUAUACCUCCUCUCGAGUAACGUACUGAGGAAACGGAGAGCGGCGUUUAUCAUUCUUAUUCACGAUAAACAUGCCAGACGUCUCGUUUCCAAGACGUCCCUCGGAAUCCGUGGAAGGAGAACCCGGCUCAUUUUGUCAAACGAAAAAAGCUUUAACGUUGCAAGCUAAUGCUAGGCUAGAUUAAAAGUAAACACAGAGGGUGGGGCUUGUAGUAAACUAAUAAUCUUGUGGAUGAUGAUGACGAUGAUAAAUGCUGGUGAUGAAACUGACUUAGCUUUAUUACAUUAAAAGCAGGGUUGAGGACGGAUGAGGAAAUCAGUUUUUUUUGUUUUUGUUUUUUUUUUAAUUGUCAAAUUUAUAAAACGUAUAUUCUUAACAAGAUCCUAUUCAGGUGAAACCCGAGCUUCCUCCUAGCCAGAGGAAGAGCAAACCUCAGUCCUCAACUCUGCUUCUUUGCCUGUGCUGCAUAUAAGCCCUUGUUAGGCCUUUAGAUAACGUACUGUAUUAAACAGACACAAAGCUAUCGCUCUCAUCUUUCUCUCACACACACACAGACGCACAUGCACACCUUCACUCACAUGAACACACACACAGCUUGGAUCUGACCACUCUAUUUCUGUUCCUUCAUUCGUCCUGUUAGCCACAGAAGGCUUAAGAAGAAGUGUUAGAUCUUUCAAAAGGUUGUCAGACGAGGAGAGAUGAGGGGGGGAAAGGCUCCCCAGGUUCUUGUGAACGGGCUGAAAUUGUGAAUUGCGUUUAGGAAAUAAGCUUUGUACAUUUUGUCUGUUUGUUUUUUUUUUUGUCUCUCAUGGACUCAGAGGACAUUGAUUCAAUGAACUUUCUCCUUUUUUGUCAUAGAUAACUGAUUAAUGUCAUGUUUAUUUUUAUAGUAUUCUAAAUUAACAAUGAUGUUUCAUUGUGUGAAGUCAAUGUCCACACUUCUGAGUCCACUCUGCUUUCUCAUUGGUUGGCACCACACAAGAUGCAUGCAAUAAUUGGUUAUUACACAUAACUGGUGCCCGGUUAUUAUUAAUUUGCAUGGCACUUGAGGUUCCACUUGCUGUACUUCUGCUUCCGAGAGGGUGGAGCUAUAACAAGAAACGGGCGGGGUUUUGAUACUUGUGAGCCAGCGGCUUUCUGCGCUUACUGUUCCUGAUUUCUCGAGUUCUGCUUACACAAAAGCAACUACUUUCGGCUUCUGGUGACUAACCUGCUCUCAAACUAAUACCUGCAUUCCAGUUUUUGUUUGGUUUCUGUACCGUUCGAUUAACAUGCUGCCAGCAUGCCUCUGAUUUACACGUUUUAAAGUUGGCUAAAUUUAACAGCAACCCUAAUUUCUAUUAUUUCUUUGUUUUUUCCAUUUUGCAGUAAUGUUCAGCCCGCCCCUAAUUGAGCUGGGAAGUCGACAUUCCAUCACUGCCGACAAAUUCAGUCUGCCAUAAAGUUUUAGCCCAAUGGAAGCCACUGGAAGACUAAAAAAUAGUUGAAAAUGAUUUCUGGAUAGAUUUACCCUCAUUAAGUAGUAAACAACAAGUCAUGUUUUAUCACUUUCUUUUUUAGUUGGAAGCCUGUGCUCACAUAGUAUGAAAACUCCGCCCAUAAGAAUCAUGAUUGGCUGUCCUAAAUUAGAAAAAAGGAGUUUAAUAGACACUACUAACAGGCAGUUGUCCUGUUCUUUUUUAUUUUAUUUUAUUUAACCUGUGCACUUUUAAUAUAGGAGUAUAAUGCUUUAUUAUUAAUCUAGGGAAGGUUUGUAGUGCUUUGGUUUGUGAGUCAGUUCAAGUAUAUACUAUAUACUACACAUAUAUACUGAUAGUAAUAGAUUUUUCCAUAUAUGUGCUCUGUGUACAAAGAACAGAGAUCAAACUCACUCACUUAUCCAAAUCUACUCACAUUGCAAACCAGUCCUGUUGUAUUCUGUGAAAUGAACCCACAAGCAUUUGUCAUUUAUAUUUCAUUUAUACUGAUCAUUUAAUGUUUUUAUUGUAUUUUGUCACAUUUGUUCUACUGCCAUAUUCUGAAACAAAAUCCCGGGUGGUCAGAUGCUGGGCUUUUUUUGUCUAUUUAUUAUUCUUAGGAAUAGUUCAAAGUGAACGUGGAGAAACUUGACGACGUUCUGGCUUAUCACGGUAAAGUGGGCUUCGGGAAAAGCAAAACGAGCGACAACAAAACUGCGUGGGUUUUGUUUUUCUUCCUGCCCUCCUUUACUCAAGCUUUCAAGGGAUCGCUGACUUCACGAAUUCUCCGCAAGUGUAAUCGAAUCAAUUCCAAAUUGGAAUGGUCUCAUUCUCUCUUUGUUUAUCGUGCCAAGUCUCGGUACACCGUUUUUACGUUUGAUACGAAAAGGAAAAAAAAGGACCGACAUCGGAAAGAAGGCAAAAGGAGUCGUUGCGGUGGGUGCGGUCCCCACUUUCACACCCUCCGUUUGAUUUUUGUUUCUUCUUGUUUUUUUGUUUUUUUCGUUCUGACCAGUAGUGCCUUUCAUUAUUUCAAGAGAGAAUUCUAGUCUAGCUUUUAGUUUUUGUGGUUUUCUGUUGCCCUCUCCUGAAGGUAAGGCGAUUGACCAAGCAUUUCUUACUUCAGAGGACGCUUAGAAGCAGCAAUAAGUGCAAAAAAACACGCCAUCUGUUUUUGCGAGAGUGCGUUUUGUUAGUCUAAGACAUUAGGUGAAUAAAAUUGAAGUUGCGGCGAAUUCUUGAGAUCAGCGAUCCCAUUAGCAAAUUCAGGGGUUUUAGCAAAAGGUCUUUUUUUAAUCAAGUGGUGGGAAUCAGAAUCUUUUUGCCUCAUAAUGAACAAAAAAAAAAAAAGAGAGAGAGAGAGAUACCACACAUCCGUGUGGCGUUUUUCGCGGAUGGAGACUGGUGUAUCUAUAGCUUUUGUUUGGUGAAGGUAACGUGGUAUCGAUAGUAUUGUUGACAAAAAUGUGUGAACGCGAGUCCUCAUUUUGUCCAUUUUGAGUCUCACUUUUUGUUUGCUGUUUUUGUUUUUUUAAUACUUUUUUUUACAUAAUCUUUAUAUGCAUUGUGAUUUCAGGAAACAGAAAACAUUUUGCAUCAACAAGCUUCAAAAGUGCCAUGAAAGUCACAACUGGUUUGUUGAGGCAUAAACGCAAUUAGCACAUUUGGGAUGCUAGCAAAAAAAAAAAAAGAAAGAAAUUGAAUCAAGUGCAAUUCAGAAUGCUGAUUUACAUGGAGAAUGAGGUUUUCUGUUUGCUGGAAGCGAUAGCGUUGUGAUAUUCAACUAGCUGUGCGAAAUUGACAUGGUCAUAUUGUGUUCCAGUAUUGAUCCGCGAGGAGAGUUUGAUACCUUUAUAUUGAAAUAAUGACUUCAUCCAUAUGUUGGUAUUUAUUUGAAAUGUCUUGCAGUACUGUACUCUUUAUCAAUAACGUGCAUUAUGAUUAGUGGCAAAGGAAAAAAAACAAAAAAAAGAACUCAAAUUCAAUGUCAUAUGCAUGUUUUUCUUCAGUCAUGGAAACUUUUACACAGAACUGAAAACAAACGUAGAACUUUAAAGAGGUUAGGAAAGAAAAAAGGAAAAAAAAAAACUAAAUGGAAAAAAAGAAAUGUGUUUAGCUAUUAAGUGAUGUAUUACUGCUGAACUAACCCAGAAAAAGUGUUGUUUUGUUUUCUGUAGAGGGUGACCCGGUCUGUGUAAAGGUAGUCAUGCUGGUUAAAAUCAAUAAAUGGGACUAAAACGUCA